AUGGACAAAACCAUGCCUUUCAGAGAUUAUUGUUUCGACGAUAGUGUUGAUUCAGAUAAUAAAAGAAGAAAAUCUGUGGAGACAAGUCAUUUUGCUAGAAUGAAAACUUAUACAUUUUUGUGUAGCUAUUGUCACCGGAAAUAUCAUAGUGCACAAGCAUUAGGCGGCCAUCAGAAUGCUCACAAACGUGAACGUUCGGCUACAUUAGCUGCACUCACUAAUUCUGGGUAUCAUAAACACCGUCACCACAGUAACCAAAGUCGCCACCACCACCACACCACCACCACGGCGACAACCAUGCAUGCUCAAGCAUAUGUGAGUUCUUCAUCAUUGUUUUCUUCACCUCUUCCUGCCAUGGAUAAACCAUCAUUGGGUAUUCUAGUUCGGUCUACGGUAGAAAAACCAAUAUCUUCUGUAUUACCAUCAUCUGCUCGGGGAUCUUCUCAUAUAUGCGUGAAUCAAGAACAGUAUCCAUUACAGCAAGCUGCACAACUAUCUGAUUGUACAAGUCUGAUGACCGACGGGCCAGAAGGUGUUAACAACUACUUAGAUGUGGGUUUGUCAUUGUCAUUGAUGCCACCGAAUGAGGGAACAACAAUGCUUGAUUUGUCUCUUAAGCUUUGA